AAUUAUUCCAACGAAUUGAUUCCAGAAGCUUACUUUGACUUGUAGGUGCAGGUCCGUCUCGACUUUGUCUUAUUAUCCUUCUCUUCUUCUUCUAAUUGAUCGUUUAUUACGUCUUCCUGUUCCAGUUUCUCGAUGUAAUUCCUCGAAGAAGUCAAGAACUUAGAACCCAAAGCUAUCAAUUUUUCUAUUGCGCUCAGAGCAUUAUCAUUUUCCUACUCAACAAGUAUAAUUCAAUAGCUGCAUAUCUUUAGGCUUUUGCUAGCGAUGAUCCUUGCUCAUAGUCCCCAAGAGUAAACGAAUUUAUCGAAUUCUUCGCUCCUUAUAUUUCUCCAGAAUUGUCUGCCCUUGUUCUUGGCAUUUUCAUUUGCUGGUCGCUCGUUUGUUGCGGAAUUUUAUUUUAUUUCAUAUUCAAGUUCUCACAGGAUGGGAAUCUUGUCAUAUGUUUAGGUGCUUUACUUCACCUCAACGCUUGCAUUUGAGUACAUAUAUUUUCAUAUUGACACCUUAAGUUUCGUAUAUCAGUCCUUAUUGUUCAUAUAUGGAGCCAUUCUUCACUUAAUUUUCUUCCCUAUAAUUGACAUAGUUGCUGCCUGUCAUCUGCCUUCAUAUCCUGAAAUCCGCACCCUUCACUUUCCAUAAGAAAAAAAUCCUGUAGCUUUUCUAUUGAUUAGUUCCUGAUCCAGUUCUAUUGGUAUAGACUUAAUUCUUGAAACGCACCGGUUUCUAUUAUUGUUUACAUAUCUUCUGUUUGGCUCUACCGGUUGUACCAUCUCUCAGAAUGCUAGCAUCGUAGGCAUUGAUGUCAAUUAUCUGUGGGCUUCCUAUACUUGAGUGUGUUUAUUGUCUGGGAUGUGCUCGCUGGGCUUGGCAGAAAUGUCUCUAUACCGCUGGCUAUGAGAGUGAAAACUGGGGUCUAGCUUGUGCGGAGGAAUUUGAACCCGUGCCCCGAAUUUGUCGUCUCAUCUUAGCUGUCUAUGAAGAUGAUAUUCGUAACCCUGUGUGGGCUCCCCCUGGGGGUUAUGGCAUCAAUCCUGACUGGGUAAUCUUACGUAAAGACUAUGGGGAUAACCAAGGUCGUGUUACUCCCUAUAUGAUAUACCUUGAUCAUGAUCAUGCUGAAAUUAUCCUGGCUGUUAGGGGACUCAAUUUAGCAGUGGAAAGUGAUUACGCAGUCUUGCUUGACAACAAACUGGGGCAAACAGGAUUUCACGGUGGUUAUGUCCACAACGGAUUAUUGAGAGCCGCGGAGUGGAUCUUUGAUGCAGAGUUCGAGGUUCUCAGGAAUCUGGCUGCAGAAAAUCCUACAUACACGCUGAUAUUUAGUGGGCAUUCCCUAGGGGCCGGGGUGGUGGCAUUGUUGACAUUGAUGGCACUUCAUAACCAAGACAAACUGGACAUAGAAAGAAACAGGAUAAAAUGCUAUGCUAUAGCUCCUGCUCGGUGUGUGUCUCUCAAUUUGGCUGUAAGAUACGCAGAUGUUAUCUAUUCUGUCGUACUCCAGGAUGAUUUUUUACCACGGACAACCACUGCUUUAGCAGAUGUUUUCAAGUCACUCUUUUGUUUGCCCUGUCUGUUGUGCCUGAUGUGCUUGAAAGAUACUUGCACAAUGGAGGAAAAGAUGCUCAGGGAUCCGAGGCGGCUAUAUGCACCUGGUCGUCUUUAUCAUAUUGUUGAGCGAAAGCCCUUCAGGGCGGGAAGAUUUCCACCUGUUGUACGGACAGCAGUGCCUGUUGACGGGAGGUUCGAGCAUAUAGUUCUUUCUUGCAAUGCAACUUCAGACCAUGCCAUCAUUUGGAUAGAAAGAGAAGCCCAAAGGGCUCUUGAUUUAAUGCGAGAGAAAGAUCGGGCUAUGGAGAUCCCAGCAAAGCAGAGGAUGGAGCAGAAUGAGUCUCUGGCUAGGCACAGCCAAGAGUACGAGGCAGCGCUUCAGAGGGCCGUUGCUUUGGAUAUUCCUCAAGCAUACUCACCUACCUCAUAUGGAACAUUUCAUGAGGUUGAUGCGAGGGAGGAUUCUGCUAGUUCAAGUGGUAGGGUGUCCUCCUGGUCUUGUAAGAAACGAAAUGAUAGUUGGAAUGAUUUUGUUGAGCGUUUGUUUGAUAUGGAUGACUCUGGUCAUAUGGUGUUCAAGAAAACACAUCGAUAAAAUAUAGUUCUAUCUCCUAUAUGCUAGUGAAUAGAAACCAUUCUUUGCUUUUUUCUCUUUUGUCCAAGUGUAUAGAUAAUGUAAUUCCCGAUGAAUAUCCAAAAUUAGGACUCAUUUGAAAUGACUUAUAAGUGGGUUUUUUAAUCGUGA